CUUUUAUGCAAUCAUUUCAACACCACACCCACAUAGGUCCAAACCAAAACCAAUGGGCUUAGCCCACCCUCCCUCCCUCCCCCCACCUUAUAUUCAUAUCAUUAUCAUCCUCCUUGCUACCCAGAUCAUUUCUCCAUCUCCCAAUUCAAUUUCCUCACACCACCUUGACUCCCAUUUUUGGUCCUUGGGUGCACAGAUUUUUUUUGCAGCCAUGUUGGGGAAGAGAUCCCGGCCGGUGAUCGGGAAGAUCACCGGACUGAUACCCGGCAACCGCCCCGCGCCUCCCGACUCCGCCACGAGCCCGAAAAGCCCGUUGGAGUUGAAGAGCGUGUCCCCCAGGGGGUCAAAGAAUUACGAGGUGGGUGCGGUAGGAUUGGGCAUUGUGGCAGCCCUUGAGAAAAGCGAGGAGGACCGGGCGAGGUUCGCAGUUUGUAGCCUGAGUUUGUCCCGGUCCGAUCCUAUUCCGGUGAAUUUUCCUAGCAAGAAUUGCGGGAGGGGUAGGAGGGAGUGUGAUGGGUGGGAGAUGGAGAGUUGGGAAAAUUAUACGUACGUGACUUGUCGGAAUGGACCAAACAAGUCAAUUACAAGGGUGUACUGUGACGGAGGGGUGUAUGCACAAGGUGGUGCAAGCGUUUGUGGCCGGAGAUGUAAGGACCUCGGCGACUUUGAUGAAUCUCCGGCGGCGGCAGGCUUCGCCGGCGGCAAUGGCCCAGCGUACCCAACUUCCGAUUUUCUCAGUUCUUGUCACUGGUGCCGGAAAAAACUCCACGGCAGAGACAUAUACAUGUACAGGGGAGAGAAAGGGUUUUGCAGCACAGAGUGUCGAUGCAAGCAGAUGGUAAUUGAUGAACGCAAAGAGCAGUGCAGAUCUGAAGCUUCGAGGCAUAACACUGCUGCUACUACUAAUGCAGCAGCAGAUAGAGAUAGCGUCUCAACCUCUCCUUGCAAUGCCACUGGCCAGAUCUUUUCCACCGGAAUUCUAGCCAUUUAGUCUCAAUGAAUUGGCUUUAUGAAAAUUAA